CCCAUAGCGUCGCUACCUCUACCAGGCUAGUCGCACAACCCUUGUCCUACCUGCCGCGAGGCUUUGACCUUUGGAUCGUGCCUCACCUUUUAAGUUCGAACCUCACCACGGGUAAGGUUCUCUCCAACAGCAGCUACAGCCGUAGCAACAAGGUGCAUCUUGCCUUACCAUCGCACCGCCUCUCUCUUCCCUCCCGCCCCUACCUACCUACUUCCUUCUUCUAUUUAUGUUAAGCUCAGUCACUCCUUUUAAUACCUGCCAGCCCCACCUGUCCUCUUUCUAGCCUGCGAUUUUGAGCCGCGAGCUCUGCUUUCCUCACUUCGACGUUCGUCAUAGUAAACCGACAUUACCCAAGAUCCCAGAUCCUAGAUCCCAUCCACCAGGCAAGAGCGCUUGAUCUUGCGCAAAGCAUAUUUUAAGAUGCCUAGUAAGUCUUACCUGUUAUUUCUUUUCUACGGCCUGAUGGGAUAUCGGGAUGUUGUGUCCCUGCUUCGGGUACCGUUUCUAUUGUAUAUUUCUCCUUCACACCUCUUCGCACACAUUCGCAUACAAUUCUACGGCCUUGAAUAUCGCUGUCGCUUAUACGGCCGGCCUAUUUUCGUUGUUAUAUCCGACUUUACGGAUUUGCAUCUUCCAUUGUCUAGCUACGUACCUACUACGCAACCACUAUGCUUGAUAUAGACGAGGUGAAUGUUCCGGUCCCGUUUGGCAAGGCUGAUUUGAAUCGGGCUAUCGAAUGGCUUCGCCGACAAGGGCUGCUUUCGACUAUUAGUUGUAGUCCCUUUCGCGGCCCUAGGCCUAAGGAAAAUAAGUGGUGGAAGACAUUAACAAGGAUCCAUGGAACUCUAAAUGGUACUUUAUCGAAAGACCAUGAUUUUCUUUUCUUCAUUUGCCAUGUUGCAUUCACAUUAUGUAGGUCC